ACCCAUUAGUCCCGUACUACCCAGGUACCCAGGUACUACCUAUUUGUCAGUGUCAAUUGUUUCAAAAUUUCACCAGCAACCCAAAAUGGCGAUCACCAUCGGCGUCCCCACGUUGCGCUGCACCCUGAUUCUCCUCAACAUGAUGUGCUUCCUGAGUGGCCUCUCGCUGGCGAUCGUGGGUGCCGUGAUGCACACCAAACUGGAAACGAUCACCAGCCUCACCCACCGGGACAACCUGCUGACGAGCCAAUCCCUGAUGGCCAUGGGCUUGGGUGUGAUCAUCUUUGCGGUAGCUUUCUUCGGAUUCUGCGGAGCGGCCAAACACUCCUAUUGCAUGACCGUGACCUACGUUAUGCUGACGAUGGUGCUGAUCGUGAUCCAGAUCGUGGUGGCGGUGCUGCUGUUCGCCGGCACGGACCACAGCCGGCACGAUUACCUGGAGUGGUUCGAUGAGUACUUUGACCAUGGUAUCAGCGUGGCCAAGAGGUCCAGCGUGGUGGAUCCGAUCAUCGAUUACCUGCAGAGCACCUACGAAUGUUGCGGGAAGAUAUCGUUUCUGGACUGGGGUAACAAGCUGCCGGAUUCUUGCUGCGCGGAUGGACGUACGGGGCCAAAUUGCGUCCCGUUUGAAGAAGGAUGCGAACGGAUGCUGGAGGGAUACAUUCGGCAGACGGGCAAAAUUAUCGGUUGGAUCCUGAUGUGGCUGACGGUGUUCGAGUUCGUUGCGCUGACGUUGGCCUGCUGUCUGGCCAACGGGAUCAAGAAUCGAGUGGAUGCGCUGUACUUUGCUUGAAUUGGUGUUGCGGAAAUAUAAAUUUUUAAGUAAAAAAAACAGGCCUAACCUUACAAAAUAUUGUCUGGUAGAAAUG